UAGCAGUCGGCCGGUUCUCCUGACUGACCACUAAGUGUCUGCUUGCACUCUGAAACUGAAGUGCGAUUUUCUCGCACCGCUGCUCCCGAGCGCUCGUCCCUCCCUUUUUCCCUCCCCCCCCCCCCUCUCCCUCCCUCCUGCCUGGCCUCAUUCAGUUUCCUCGCUACAAGCUUGGCUUGUUGUGUUGUCGGGGGGAACGCUGUUGCUGGGGACGAUCAUGUCUGAGCACAUGCAGCUCUCGUUGGCUUUGUGCCGGAUCGGCAUCUACACGUGUUUCCGGGCGCUGUGCUGUAAAGGACCCCCCCCACCCAGAACAGAGUAUGAUCUCGUCUGCAUCGGGCUGAGUGGCGCUGGGAAGAGCAGCCUUUUGGAACGGCUAUGUAAUGAAUCCAGCGACGGCAUCAGUCCGACAACAGGCUUCUGUAUUAAAGCAGUGCCGUUUCCAAAUGCCAUCUUGAAUGUUAAGGAACUCGGAGGAGCGGAGUGCAUUAAGAAGUACUGGUCUCGUUACUAUCAGGGUUCUCAGGGCGUGGUGUUUGUCCUGAACAGCGCGUCGUCAGACGAGGAUUUGGAGUCGGCCCGUAACGAGCUGCACUCGGCCCUGCAGCACCCCCAGCUGUGCACCCUGCCCUUCCUCAUCCUGGCCCACCACCAAGACAGACCAGAAGCACGCCCGCCCAGCCAGGUACACGCACGCCCGCCCAGCCAGAUAAAGAAAUACUUUGAGCUGGAGCCUUUAGCAAGGGGGAAGCGGUGGAUUCUGGAAGGCAGUACAACAGACAACAUGCCGGCCAUGAAAGAGAGCUUCAUCCAGCUGAUUGGACUAUUGGAGGAAAAAGACAAAGAGCCACAAGCGAGGAUAUGAUGCCAGUGCUGUGUUGUCAUGUUAAGGCAAAGGACAUGAGUAUGAUGUUGACCAUGCUAACAGUAGUGCUACCUUAGCAGGACAAGGGACAUCAUGAUGAAUUCAGAUACAAAUGUUAGCUUGUUAAGACAACAGAUGGUAUGAUGUCAGUGCUAAUUUUAAUGUUUAAGACAAAUGUAAAUGCUUAAUUUAGCAUGUUGAAACAAAAUGGUUAAUGUAAAUGCUAACAUUAGUAUUUUGAGGUAAAGGACAGUAGGAUGUUAUUGGUACUGUUAGUAGGUUUACCACAUCGAUGAAAGAUGGAUGACGUCGAUGCUAACGCUAGCAUGUUGAAGGGCAACCAACACCUGCCGGAUUCCACAGUUAUACAUAAACAUGGCAAAAUGUUA